CAAAAUGAACAUACAGAUCAAUUCAGAUCAGCUGGGACCAAACCAUCAGAAAAAAGAAAAAAAAAAAGAAUGUCUGGUCCCUAGGAAUCUACUUUAUACUAAGUGUGAACCAUUUUUUUAGUCAAUCACAAAAUAUCAGGCUGCAACUUUAGGAGCUGAUGCAUGCACUGUUAUUGGAUACACAUGUUAGUGUUAGUGCAUUUUAAACUUCUGGUUUUAUCUUUGAUCCAAAAGACUAAAACUACUUUCACAAUAAAAGACAUGGUUAAAGUUACAAUUUCAUCAGCUGUGAUUUCUGUUUUUGUUUUAGCCUUCUAUUUUCACAAACCUGUUAAUUCAAACCCUCUCUUGUCAGACUGUAUUCCAACUACAGUAAGUUACACCAGCUCAUUUGAACACAACCUCAAGACCCUUCUAAAGUCAUUAGUUAACAAUACACCAUCAUCAACAGGUUAUAACGACACCUCUUAUGGAGAAGGUUUAGAUCAGGUUUAUGGCCAAGCGCUUUGCAGAGGAGAUGUUAAUGUUACUGACUGUCAGAAAUGCCUUGAGAGUGCAAGCCAAGGAAUCAUGAACAAGUGUAAAACAACUAGAGCAAUCAUAUGGUAUGAAGUGUGUCAAAUUCACUACUUUCCCUAUGAUUUUCGUAAGAUGCAGAUUUAUGCUGGGAAAAAGCCAGAGAAGAGUUAUCACAGGAAGAAAGUGGCACAUCCUGAUCAAUUCAGAUUAGCUUGGACUAAAUUGAUUAAAAAACUGUCUGAUGAGGCUAUUAAUGAUUCUAAUGGUACCAUGUUUAAAACCGGAGAUACUGAGUAUUCAAAGGGAAAGAUUUAUGGGCUUGUACAGUGCACCAGAGAUAUCCCUAAACGUGAGUGUAAAAUUUGUUUGAGGUCUGCUUUGGGUGAUAUUCAGGGAUUCUUCCCCUCUGAAGAAGGUGGUAUCAUUUUAAGUAGUAAUUGCAAUGUAAGAUUUGAGAUCUUCCGUUUCUUCUACACCCAAAGCUCCAAAGCAGAUGGGAGUAUGAGACAUAAGGGGAAGAAAAGGAAGAUUUUAUUGGUUGCUUCUUGCACAUCAUCACUGCUAGUGAUUCUGAUGUGUUCCUUUGCUGUUUAUCUUAGGAGGAAAAAGAAUCCAAAACAAGAUGAGGUAAAGAGCCAAAAUGCAUUACUUUCUUAUUCACUAAGCCCCAGGGCCAUCACCGUAGCAGGAAAAGAUGAUGAGCUAGUAAGCACUGAGGAACUACCGUUCAUGGAUUUGGCUACUAUAAGCGCUGCUACAGAUGGAUUUUCAGACCAUAAAAAGCUUGGACAAGGUGGGUUUGGCUGUGUUUAUAAGGGUGUUCUACCAGAUGGGAAGGAAGUGGCAGUUAAAAGACUAUCAGGGAAGUCAUGGCAAGGUGAUGAGGAAUUCAAAAAUGAGCUUGUACUAAUUGCUAAGCUCCAACACCGAAACUUGGUUAGACUUUUGGGUUGUGCUGUGGAGGGACAAGAGAAGCUACUUGUAUACGAGUUCAUGCCUAAUAACAGCCUUGAUAGCUUUAUAUUUGAUUCAGAUAAACGUGCCUUACUUGAUUGGAAGACUCGUUAUAGCAUAAUAUGUGGGAUUGCUAGAGGGCUUCUUUACCUUCAUGAAGACUCUAGAUUACGAAUAAUUCAUAGAGAUUUAAAGCCAAGUAAUGUGUUGUUGGACAGUGAGAUGGUUGCCAAAAUCUCAGAUUUUGGUUUGGCAAGAAUCUUCUGCGAAGAUCAAAACACGGCAAAUACCAAAAAAGUUGUAGGAACAUAUGGAUACAUGGCCCCAGAAUAUGCAAUGGAUGGACAAUUCUCAGCAAAAUCAGAUGCUUUCAGCUUUGGUGUAAUCUUGCUGGAGAUCAUUAGUGGGAAGAAGAGUUGCAGCUCUCACCUUUCUGAAAAGGCUCAGACACUCAUCAGAUAUGCAUGGCAACUAUGGAGAGAAGGAAAAGAAGUGGAGUUUGUGGACCCUUUGAUGAUGGAGUCAAGCCCAACAGAAGAUAUUAUAAGAUGUAUGCAUAUUGGGCUUUUGUGUGUACAAGAAGAUCCAAACGACAGGCCCACCAUGUCGUCAGUGGUGGUUCUGUUAGGAAGUGGAACAGUAGGGCUAUUUACAAAAAUAUGGGAAAAUAAAGAUAAGUUUUGAUAUAUAUGGCAUAAA